AUGGAAAAGUCUAAAAGAUAUAUUAAUUUAGUAAAAAUAAUUGAAAAAAAUAAGUUCGAAAAGUAUAGGCUUAAACAAAUUUUAGAUAAUAUAUAUAAGGCAAAAAUUGUUAAUAUAAAUAAAAUGAAAAAUAUUCCAACUAGCUUAAGAAGAGAAUUAAAAAAUAUAUUCAAUGAAAAUAUUUUAAGUUUAAAACCAUUAAAAGAAUAUAAAUAUGAUAGAGCGUAUAAAGUGUUAUUUGAGUGUAAAGAUAAAGAAAAAAUUGAGACUACAUCUUUAGAUUUUGGUUCUCAUAAAUCAUUAUGUAUAUCUAGUCAAAUAGGAUGUUCUUUUGCUUGUAAAUUUUGUGCAACUGGGCAAAUUGGAAUAAAGAGACAACUAGAAUUAGAUGAAAUAACAGAUCAGCUCUUAUAUUUUCAGUCUAAAAAUGUUAAUAUAAAAAAUGUUUCUUUUAUGGGUAUGGGAGAGCCAUUAGCUAAUCCACAUGUUUUUGAUUCAAUUCAUUUCUUUAACCAUUCUGAUUUUUUUUCUUUAUCAAAUAGAAGAAUAAAUAUUUCUACCGUUGGAUUACUACCUGGUAUUAAAAAAUUAAAUGAAUUUUUUCCUCAAGUAAAUUUGUCUUUUUCCUUACAUUCUCCUUUUUCGGAAGAAAGAGACAGAUUAGUUCCAAUUAACAGAAUGUUUCCAUUUCAUGAAGUUUUAGAUUUGUUAGAUGAUAGAAUAGCAAAAACGGGAAGACGUGUAUGGAUAAGUUAUAUUUUAAUUAAAGACAUAAAUGAUUCAAAAGAUCAUGCCGAAGCACUAUGUGAACAUAUAUGUAAAAGACCAAAUAAUAUUAGAUAUUUAUAUAAUGUUUGCUUAAUUCCUUAUAAUAAAGCAAAAAAUGUAGAUGAAAAUUUCCAAAGAUUAAAUGAAGAAAACAGAAUUUUACAAUUUGAAAAAAUAUUAAGAAAACAUGGAAUAUCAUUUUUUUACAGAAAUUCUUUUGGUCAUUCUAUAGAUGCUGCCUGUGGACAAUUAUAUGCAGAUUAUGAACCAAAAAUAAAUAAAGAAAAAAUUGGAACUAGAAAUAUUCCAUUAUUAUAA